CCAAUUCGAACGCGAUGGAGACAAGAGCUUUCUGACAGGUCUCAUUUUCAAAACUGAGUGAAGAGGUUCAAGAGCAACAUAGCAACAUUUCAAGAAUGAGGUGCCGUGGAUGUAACAAAGCUGGCCAAAGAUGCGGGACUCGAUACGGCCUGAACGCAGAAGGCUAUUGUGGUAGACAUAACCCCAACGCUGUCAAGUGCAAGGGCAUCGCGAAAUCCUCUGGACAACGCUGCAAAAACGUCGAGGGAUUAAAUCCUCGCGGAUUUUGCGACUUUCACAAGAACCAAGAUCCGAACCCAUUUUACGUGGACGCACCGUACGCUAACCAAUGCCCCGGAAUCGCGUCAUCUACUGGCGUUCGCUGCCGUAAAAACUGGGAAAUACUACCAAAUGGAUACUGUAUCUACCAUCAAAGCCAAGCGCCUUCUUUGAAGCCGCCGUGUAGUCAAGUAUCUCACGAAUUUAUGGAGAGGGUUCGUGCUGGCUGGAUCCGGCAGGAUAAACGCCGUCGUGCACGCCGAUACUUUCGCUGACUGGGUUGGCUUAGUUGUAAAUGGUCGCGAUUUAGGCUUGAUAUUGCUAUGAGUUAAUCGUAAAAUUUACAGGGCUUAAGCAACUGAAUUAGCUCGUUUUUAUAGUGCUCGCAAAGAGCUAAACUUGAAUUGUUUUAUCU